GCUAUUUAUUUAUUGAUGUUUAGCUUUUAUCGGUCAAAAUUUAAGUGUCCCGACGGAACACCGGACUUUGAAGUUCAGGUGUCCCUCCCGAAAAAUUGGUGUCCUCGGGAUCCCGGGACCCCGUUAGUGUCGAACACUGGUACAGACAAAAUGACUUCAAUCAAGGUUGGAAUAAUUGGUGGUUCAGGUCUCAGUAACACUGACAUUUUGAAAGACAAAAGUGAGAAAACAGUUGAGACUCCAUUUGGAAAGCCGUCAGACAAUCUACUCCUGGGGAAAAUUGGAGAUGUUGACUGUGUCCUGCUUUCAAGACAUGCCCGAGGUCACUCAAUCAUGCCUGGCCGUGUCAACUAUCGAGCAAACAUCUGGGCACUGAAAGAAGAGGGCUGUACCCACAUUGUGGUAACCACGGCCUGCGGUUCCCUACAGGAGGGCAUCCACCCUGGCGACAUUGUGGUGCUCGACCAAUUCAUUGACAGAACCCAUCACAGAGACCAGACAUUCUAUGAUGGCACUGAAGGAGGUCCAAAGGGAAUAUGUCACAUACCUCUGGCUGAGCCUUUCUGUCCCAUUACUAGUGAAUUUAUCUUCAACACAGCCACAGAGCUGGAUUACAAGGUGCACAACGGUGGCACAAUGUUGACUAUCGAGGGUCCGCGGUUCUCAUCUAAAGCGGAGAGUAAAAUGUGGAAUUGGUGGGGUGCCCAUUGUAUCAACAUGACUACUGUACCAGAGGUUGUGCUUGCAAGGGAGUCUGGACUGUGUUACGCUGCUAUGGGGCUCGUGACAGACUAUGAUAGCUGGAGGGAGGAUACAGCCUCAGUGAACGUUGAGGCAGUAAUGAAGACUUUUGCUGAAAACUCCAAAAGGGCUACCGCCGUGCUUCUAGCUGUUAUACCAAAACUCAAGGAGUAUGACUGGUCUGUUAAACUCAAAGAGAAUGCUGACCUGGUAAAGGGAUCAGUUCUUCUACCUCAUAGUUAUUAGGAACAUUAACUUCAUCAGUGUUUGGAAAACACAUUUACCACAGCUACCAAAUGCCUUCCAGGUGAGGGUCACAAGGCCGCCAUUGUGGUUGUAAAUUAAAUAAAUUAAUCAUGACUGUUUACUGUCACUGAAUACAAGACUUAAGAUGGUGUAAUGCAGUAGUUCAUACCGCACAAGCAUUGGUUCAUACUGCAAGUUGGACAUUCCAUUACAUUUAUAAAAAAUACAAGCAUAUUACUGUAUUGUGUAAUAAUGCUUCGUUGGCCAAGACUAUUGUCAUGUGAAAUCAAACAUGAGUUCAAGUAGUGUUAACUUCAGCUGUGAUAAUUUAGUCAAUAUUCUAAUACGUCUCGUUUGAUUUUGUUGUUGAUUAUUGAUGUAUUUCAUUCAGUUUACAAUGUAUAAUAAACAUUUUUUAAGGCCA